AUGCACUCAACUCUCUGUUAUUUGCUGAUUCACAAUUGGGUUUUGUCAGAACUUUACGAUAUCAUGAUCACUUUCAAGCUUGAUGGGCAACUCCCAAGCUCUCAUAAGCUCCACCAUUCCGCGCCAUCUGCCAGUCCGACUGCCACUCCACCUAACCGCCAAACCCCUGGCCUGCCUACAGCUGCCACCACCCGCCAGCCAGCCCCAAACCACGGCACAAGAUAUAUAUACCAAAAGUCCAGAACUGUUCACCGGAAGGCGGACAGCUGGCCGUAA